AUGGCGAUUAGCAGUACAAGCGUGGAUUAUGAUCAGAAUUUGCAUUCUACUUUCGCCUCUCGAUAUGUUCGUGCUUCCCUGCCAAGGUUUAAGAUGCCGGACCAACCUAUACCAAAGGAUGCAGCAUAUCAAAUAAUCAAUGAUGAGCUAAUGCUUGAUGGUAAUCCAAGAUUGAAUUUGGCGUCAUUUGUUACGACUUGGAUGGAACCCGAAUGUGAUAAACUAAUCAUGGCCUCCCUUAAUAAGAACUAUGUUGACAUGGAUGAGUAUCCCAUCACUACUGAACUUCAGAAUCGUUGCGUAAACAUGAUUGCACAUUUGUUCCAUGCUCCCAUUGGAGAAGACGAUACCGCUGUUGGUGUGGGCACAGUGGGGUCAUCUGAGGCGAUAAUGCUUGCAGGUCUCGCUUUCAAAAGGAAGUGGCAAGCCAAACGAAAAUCUCAAGGAAAACCUUGUAAUAACCCUAACAUUGUUACUGGAUCUAACGUACAGGUUUGUUGGGAGAAGUUUGCAAGGUACUUUGAGGUUGAGUUGAAAGAGGUAAAACUGAAAGAAGGAUACUAUGUGAUGGACCCCACUAAAGCAGUAGAAAUGGUUGAUGAAAACACGAUUUGUGUUGCUGCAAUCCUUGGUUCUACAAUGACAGGAGAGUUUGAAGAUGUUAAGCUACUUAAUGAGCUUUUAAUGGAAAAAAACAGUAAAACAGGAUGGGACACCCCAAUUCACGUCGAUGCUGCAAGUGGGGGGUUUGUUGCUCCUUUUCUUUACCCGGAUCUUGAAUGGGACUUCCGUUUGCCACUUGUGAAGAGCAUUAAUGUGAGCGGUCACAAGUAUGGGCUUGUGUAUCCUGGAGUUGGUUGGGUUGUGUGGAGGAAUAAAGAGGACUUGCCCGCUGAGCUUGUGUUUCACAUAAACUAUUUGGGAUCUGAUCAGCCUACCUUUACUCUCAACUUCUCGAAAGGGUCGAGCCAGAUAAUUGCGCAGUACUAUCAGUUCAUACGGCUUGGCUUUGAGGGUUACAAGCAAAUCAUGGAGAACUGUAGAGAAAACACAAGGGUGCUUAGAGAAGGGUUAGAAAAGACGGGGCGUUUCAAUAUAAUCUCCAAGGACAUUGGGGUCCCUUUACUUGCAUUUUCACUUAAAGACAGUUCAAGAUACACUGUGUUUGAUAUAUCAGAGUCCUUGCGUCGAUUUGGAUGGAUCAUUCCUGCAUACACCAUGCCACCAGAUGCACAACAUAUCUCCGUUCUAAGAGUUGUGAUUCGUGAAGAUUUCAGCCACAGCCUAGCAGAUAGACUUAUUGUUGAUAUCGUCAGAGUGGUUAAAGAGCUGGAAGCUGCUCAGCAAACUCAUAACACGAGUAUUGUAAAUGACGGCGAGGUUAGUGAACACAGGGUAAGGGAGAUGCAACGAGGAAUAACCAAAUAUUGGAGGAGGUUUGUGAAUGAUAAGAAAACUAGCAGUGUAUGCUAGCUAGUUUACUCGUGUUUCGUUUUAGAUAUGAUGGUUUGACAGAAUGCAGUUAACAGGAAGUUUUAAGCACUUCCCUAGCUUCCAGGCUGCCUAGCCCUCAACUUUUCUUUGCAUCAUUAUGUUGUCAUCUACUUGUGACGAUACGUAAGAUGUUUUAUCUAAAUCUAUACUCCUUU